AUGUCUAAUCAUUCUGUUUGGCUACGUAUAGUACCUUUCAUUGGAUCAAUGAUAAUUUCAGCUUAUUAUUUAACAUAUAUGCGUUAUUGUAUUCAUGAAAAAAAGCGAUUGACAACACAAUUACCUAAUUUAAAUGAAGAUUAUAUUCUUGAAUUUCAUAAAGAAAUUACUGAAUCCUUUAAAAAAACUAAAUGGGAGAAUAAAAGAGUCAAUAGACCAUGGGGAGAAUGA